GAGUAUAACGCUCUAACAGUCGGAGUUUGUUGUUUUCGUCAUUCUAUUCCGAGCUCGCCAACAGAGUACUUCAGUCGUAUUCAGUAAGCACAAGAUCAACAGAACGUAAAGCAAGGCGCUUAUAUCGAUAAUACCUGGAGGAGAUCUUUAACGAAAAUAAUUAAAAUGGAUGAACUAUUUCGAAAUAGUAACACACAAAAUAUGUUUGCACAAUUGGGAACUCGCGUUGGUAAUGAUUAUGUUCCAUCCAAGAAUUGCUAUAUGAUACUAAUGCAUAUCUACGAAAAAUUGAAUUCAUCAGAAAAAAGUGCAACACAUCUUAGGCAGAUAAUUGGAUUCUCACAACUAUUAAGCAGACACCUCAUACCGAUGUUUAUUGCAGUCAAUAACGACAAUAUAAUUGACAUUUUGUUGAAAAUUCUGGUUAGUCUAAUAUCACCGAUUGAAAGUUUGAUGCUUGUUGAAAAGAAUGGAGAUAAUUCUACAUUACUUAGGCUGAACUGGACGAUGUCGACAAGCAAAGCCGCAUGGGCUGACUUAAAAGCCAUCAAACGAAUCAUGGAUAUUAUAAAGGAACAUAUGAAAAAAUUGUCUAUCUGCCCUAUAGGAUCUACCAACAAUUACAGUAUAUCAAUUAUAAGCGAUUGUUUGCGUUUAAUAAAAAAUAUUCUUCACAUACCCAACGAGCAGUACCAAAAUACAAUAUUGUGGAUGAUUUUUUCAGAACGAUUCGACGAGAUUAUUAUUGCUUUGAUCGCCAACUCUAACCGAGGACAUUGGGCAGUACUAAUCAUCGAACUAAUUGCUCUAAUUUAUAAGAACCAACACGUUGAAGAAAUGUCAAAACAAAUCAUUAAAAUGAACGAAACUAUAAGGUUUGAUAGUUCUGAAGACAAUGAAAGCAAUACGUCAUCAUUAUAUCCAAAAAACGGAAGAAAUUCGUCGCCAGAAAAUUUAUCUGAAUUAUCAAACGAGGACUGUGAUAAUGAUACACAUUUUAAAGUGAAUAAAAUGAAUAAAAUGCGCAAAAGCAAUUUGAUGGAAGGGCAAGACAAGAGUUCCAAAGAAUCUAUAAAACAUAAUUUAAACGUACAUACUGCAAAAGAUGUUAAAAUCGAAAAUACUAUAACUGUAUUUGAAGAACUUUCACUAUUAACUGGGCUCAACUUAAAAAAGGGAGACGACGAAGAAAAAGGUAAUUCUAAAAAUUCGAACACAGAAUCUAGAAGAAAUUCGAUCUCAGAAACUAAGAGAAAUUCGAUCACAAAAGCUAGAAGGAAUUCGUGCACUGAAACUAGAAGAAGUUCGAAUAGAGAAUCUAGAAGAAAUUCGCUUGAACAAAUUAAACUUGAAUUUGAAAUGAAAUCCUAUAAACCCACUUUGGCGAGUGAUAUUUGUAGAAGAAAAGAGAAAUCACGCAAAAAAAAAUACACAAAAAAGAAUCUCAAAACCAAGUUGAAGUUACCAAGUUUUCCAAUACAGUUCGACGUGCCAAAUGAGACAUGCAUGAUAUCAUACUUUCUCCAGAAAUUUACUGUUCGUUUUCUACAAAAUGGAUUCAAUACCUUAGUCGACGAACUUUAUAAUAUACUUACGUCUAAUUCACAGCAACACAUAGACACUUCACUUUAUUUCUGGAUAUUAACAUACUUUUGUAGAUUCUGCAAGUUGAACAGCAUUGAAUUGAAAUUAGUCAGACGAAUCGUAUCUUUCAAACUGAUUUCAUUUAUUGUUCACGAGGGUCUUAAAAUAUCUGAACAAUUAACCAUCGCGAAACUGCAAAAAUCUCCUAAUAUUCAUUUGAAAGUCAGACAUUUGCAUUUGGCCAUCAUGGCCAUUAAAGAGGUAAUAAAAACCAUUGAGUUCUAUCGCCAAACUGCUGUUGAGUCGCCAAUUUACGCAGAUCUGAUAAAGGAUCUUCAGAAUUCAGGCAACAACUCUCCAGAAUCAAUCACUUGGGCAAAAGACCUCAAGUCCUUAUUCACAUUACUAAUACGUUACUAUGACAGUGACAUACAGAUUAUCGAAUACUUGCAUGAUUUAAUAGUUACAAAUCAUAUGGUAUUGUCGUUGUUCGAUACCCUUAAGGAUUGUUGGAAUUUAAACGACAAUAUUACUUCUUACAUCAAAAAAUUUGCUGUUCCUGACAUAAUGUACAAGUACGGAAUAGUCCUCCAAAAUUACGAAAAAAACAGCGAAAUGGUCAACGAAUCCGUGUUUACUAUGAUGCACCACGUAAUUACUGAAGUCGAAAACACUACAUCACUCUUUCAGCCGAUCAUUUUGAAAACAUUUUUGAAAAUUUUCGAAAAUAAUGAUUUUCAGUACAAAAGGUGGUCUGAUUUGAUUGAAAAUGUUCUAAACAAGUUUCUAAAUAUACCACAAACAAAGAACUGUUCUGAAAACGCUCUUUGUGGAAUUCCGUGUAUCUACGAAUGAACUUCUAACUUUGAAUAUUGAAAUAAAAUUAAUUUACUCGAAACUACAGACAUAGCACAAAAAAAAUCAACAGAACUAGUUAUCUAAAUACAUGCGUUUGUCAUUUUUAAAAUUAUAUAAUAAAUGUGUGUUUAAUAUUUUAAUAUAAUAAUAUAUAUGGGUGUAUAUAGUAUAUAGGUACUGUAGUAUGUAAUAUAAUAGCUACCUAUAUAAGUGUUUAUGAGUAUGUCAAACAAUACAUAACUAUAACAUUUAGAUACAUUAGUAUAAUAUAAUAUUAUAAAUUAAUAAUCAAACUUAUCUUUCAAA